GUUGCUGCGCGCUUUGGUGCCCGUGCGUCAUAGUCGGCCAAAACGCGGAAAUCGUAACAGAUGGCUUCACAGACUCUGGCACCGCGUGUUGCCUCUGGUACAUCAUUGAGAUAUUCGUCGGUAUGGGCUGCUUCUACUCCUGCGGCUUCCGUUCAAAGCUGAGGCAGAAGUACAUGCUGCCAGCCAAGCCGUGCGGGGACUGCUGCGUGCACACAUUCUGCUUCAUGUGCGCCAUCUGCCAGGAGUACCGCGAGCUCAAGAACCGAGGCUGGGAGCCCAAGCUCG